UCCUCACAAGCCGGUCGCUUUCGCCUUAACGAUUGGCUUCGCGCAUGUGCAGUGGAGAGUGGCGCGAGCCAGCCGCUUCCGGGCGAAGAACACGAUGCAAGGGGAGCCAAACCCUAGUGCUUCCCUUAUUGACAGAACCAUCAAGAUGAGAAAAGAAACAGAAGCUAGGAAAGUGGUUUUAGCCUGGGGACUCCUAAAUGUAUCUAUGGCUGGAAUGAUAUAUACUGAAAUGACUGGAAAAUUGAUUAGUUCAUAUUAUAAUGUGACACACUGGCCCCUCUGGUAUAUAGAGCUUGCCCUUGCAUCUCUCUUCAGCCUAAAUGCUUUAUUUGAUUUUUGGAGAUAUUUCAAGUACACUGUGGCACCAACAAGUCUGGUUGUUAGCCCUGGACAGCAAACACUUUUAGGGUUAAAAACAGCUGUUGUACAGACUGCUCCUCCACGUGAUCUGGCAGCACCCCAAAUUCCUCCCUCUCCACCUUCUCCUUCAAUUCAGGGUCAGAGUGUAUUAAGUUAUAGCCCAUCUCGCUCACCCAGUACCAGCCCCAAGUUCACCACCAGCUGUAUAACUGGAUACAGCCCUCAGCUACAAGGUCUGUCAUCAGGUGGGAGUGGUUCUUAUAGCCCUGGAGUGACCUACUCACCCAUCAGUGGUUAUAACAAGUUGGCCAGCUAUAGUCCCUCUCCAUCUUCUCCAUACCCUACCACUGUUGGACCAGUGGAGAACAGUGGAUUGAGAUCUCGCUACCGUUCUUCACCCACCGUCUACAACUCCCCUACUGACAAAGAAGACUACAUGACAGACCUACGAACCUUGGAUACUUUUCUUAGAGGUGAAGAAGAGAAACAACAUAGAGUUAAGCUGGGAAGCCCAGAUUCUACUUCACCUUCCACCAGUCCUACUUUCUGGAACUACAGUCGUUCUGUGGGGGAUUAUGCACAAACUUUAAAGAAGUUUCAGUAUCAGCUUGCCUGUAGGUCUCAGGCCCCAUGUGCUAACAAAGAUGAAGCUGAUCUCAGUUCUAAACAAGCUGCAGAGGAGGUCUGGGCAAGAGUGACUAUGAAUAGACAACUUCUUGAUCAUAUGGAUUCAUGGACAGCCAAGUUCAGAAAUUGGAUCAAUGAGACAAUAUUAGUGCCACUUGUACAAGAGAUUGAGUCUGUCAGCACACAAAUGAGGCGAAUGGGUUGUCCAGAGCUGCAAAUAGGAGAGGCUAGUAUUACUAGCUUGAAGCAGGCUGCUCUGGUCAAAGCUCCACUCAUUCCAACUCUAAAUACAAUCGUGCAGUAUCUAGACCUCACGCCAAAUCAGGAAUACUUGUUUGAAAGGAUCAAAGAACUUUCUCAAGGAGGCUGUAUGAGCUCAUUUCGAUGGAAUAGAGGUGGAGACUUCAAAGGCCGCAAGUGGGAUACAGACCUGCCCACUGAUUCUGCUAUCAUCAUGCAUGUGUUUUGUACCUACCUUGAUUCCAGACUACCUCCACAUCCUAAAUACCCUGAUGGAAAAACAUUUACUUCUCAGCACUUUGUUCAGACACCAAAUAAACCAGAUGUGACAAAUGAGAAUGUUUUUUGCAUUUAUCAGAGUGCUAUCAACCCUCCCCAUUAUGAGCUAAUCUACCAGCGUCAUGUCUACAGUCUUCCAAAGGGCCGAAAUAAUAUGUUUCAUACAUUGUUAAUGUUCCUCUACAUCAUAAAGACCAAAGAGUCAGGAAUGCUUGGUGUUGGUGAGGGUAUGGAGAAAUGAGAAAACACAGUUGAUGAAAUGACCUUUUUUGAACAGGAGAGUUAAUCUUGGUCUAUCCGGUGUGAAUAUUUUGUGGAUUUUUGGCGAGUAGUGUGGGUCAUUUAAUUCCAAACUUUUGGACUUUAUUUGACUGAAUCAGAAGUUGAAUCUAAGUAUCUCUGAGUCACGGCCUCUUCUGAAAUAAGAUACAUAUGUGUAUGUUACAGAUUCUUUAGAUUUAACAAAAAAUUAGCUAUUAUGAAACUUCUUUGUAAAAGUAUGCCCUAUAUCUUCUACACCAAGAAACAUUACUUUAUCAUUUCAGAAAAAAACUGCAACCCUUCAGAUUUUUGUUGGCCAAAACAGUGCCGUUCCGCCUUAAUUGAGUCCUUCUUCACUGUAACCCCCCAAAUGAGAAUCAUCUGCCUGAUUCCUCCCCACAAAAAUUGUUUUUUCAGUUGAGUUAUUUAGUAUAAAUAAUUUUUUUAAAAAAGCAAAUUGCUGGGCUUCCCUGGUGGCGCAGUGGUUGAGAAUCUGCCUGCUAAUGCAGGGGACACGGGUUUGAGCCCUGGUCUGGGAAGAUCCCACAUGCCGCAGAGCAACUAGGCCCGUGAGCCACAACUACUGAGCCUGCGCGUCUGGAGCCUGUGCUCCGCAACAAGAGGCCACGAUAGUGAGGCCCGCGCACCGCGAUGAAGAGUGGCCCCCACUUGCCACAGCUAGAGUAAGCCCUUGCACAGAAACGAAGACCCAACACAGCCAAAAAUAAAUUAAUUAAUUAAUAAUAAUUUUUUAAAAAAAGAACUUUGUAAGGUAGCAAUUUGUCUUUCCAAGGUAUCCUUUAAAAAAAAAAAAAAGCAAAUUGCUUAUUUUUUUUUAAUGUUUAUAUUACCCCAGUGUUCAACAAAUUAGCCCAAGGCUCAUAUUUUAAAAAAUGAGAUAAACUUUUAAAUAAUAGUUCAUGUGCAUUUAAAAAAUAUUAUUGGAAGAGGUUUGACGGUACUAAUGUUUAAAAAGUCAACUCUUGAUGAAGUUCACAGUCUUGAACAUGGUUUGAAAGAUGCUGCCUGAUCUUCCCUCUGCCCCCUUGCCCCUGCCUCCACUCCAGUCUUGCCUUGCCCCUCUCCUUCCGUGCCCCAGCCACACUGGCCCUUUCUCAGCUCUCAUCCCAGGGCCUCCGUGCACUCCCGCUGCCUGAGACACUCCGGCCCCACUCUUGGUCUAGCCAACCCUCCUCAGCACCCUUCUAGGCUCUGCCUAAAUAUUGCUUUCCCAGAGAAGCUCUCCCUCCCCCGACUCCUUCCAUUCCCACCUCCCGCAGAUCCCCUGACUGUUUUCUCUCUUGGUACCUUUCACCUUUGCUUCAUAUCACCGACCAUGGUUUGAAAUCACAUAGGCAUGUGCAUUUCUUUAUAUGUCUCUCUAAACCUGUGCUGUUCAAUACAGCAGCUACCUGAGGCUGUUAAGCACUUGAAACACGCCUAGCCCAAAUUGCGAUGCGCCGUAAGUGUAAAAUCACACCGGUUUCAAAGACUUGAUAGGAAUAAAAGACUGUAAACUAAAAAAUAACUAUAAAAAGUCAACUCUUGGAUUAAAUUUAGCUGAUAGAAUUAAACUAUUUAGGUCUUAGUUAAGAGGCUGAAGACAUCAAGAAAACAAUUGCCUUGGUUUUAAUAACUCAGUUUCACUGUUCCAUAAUAUUGUAUUGAGUUCCCUUCUUUAAGAUAUGAUAUCUUAAUCUGUUUAAAUUUUUUAGAUAUGUUCAAAAUAUCUGGAGAGUAAGAAAUUACCAAGUUUGUAAGUUUUGCUUGACUCUCCAUCUUUAUUUUCUUACAUGUAUAUGUAGUAUAUCUAAGGCUAGUCAGCAAUUGCAUGUAUUUUCUGGGUUGACAUGUUACUAGAGAGUGCUUUACCUGGAAACAACUAAAACUAGUAUUUUCUCAGUAACUCCGUGUCAGUAUUACAUAUGCAGCUCAUUUUUGUAUAAUUUGUAAAUCUUGUUCCUGUUUUUUAAAAGUCAGAUGUCCAAAGGAAAGGAAGUUUCUAUCUUUUAACUGCUUUUGAUGUAUGUUAAAUUUGUUUGUUAUGAUAAAAUACCAAUUAAACAUGUUAAAUAUAAGAACAUGUUAAAAUCGAA